CGCGUCAUUAAUGUAUGUAUCUACUCUACAACUCCAAUGGACGUGAACUCUAUCAUCCAAGCUGUGCAGGAAGCCUCGAUGGAAGGACUAGACUCAUUUGCUCGUUCGCUGAUACAAGAACAGCUCCCUACCGACUAUAUCGAAACCCUCAGUGACAAGGAUAAGACGGAUGUGUUACGCGCUUGCCUGCUCGUGUACAUCCUCACGGCUACAACCAUUGUUCCACGAGUAUUCCAGCUAGAAGCCAUUCUUGCAACAUUGAAUGGCCAUGACAGCAUAAUUACAGCCGGUACAGGCUGCGGAAAGACCUUGUGUCUCAUAAUUCCGAAUCUACUUCGUCCAGACACUAUCAGUGUGACGAUUUCACCUCUGAAACGUCUCCAGAUCACACAGGUGAAUGAAUGCAUGAAAUACGGCAUAUCUACAAUAUCAAUCAAUGAAGACACCCCAAAUGAUGCGUUGCUCUGGCAGUCAAUUUGUGCUGGAAAGUACAAGCAUUUGAUUGUCUCACCAGAACAACUGUCAAUGUUCAAUGGUCAUCUACCACGUCUUGCACGGCUCAGGCAGAAUACAUAA